GGGCAGCCGGGGAGCAUGCCCGUGUAGCCCUGCUGAAUGGCGCCUUCAGUACGACCCCUCGCCCGGCCGCGGCCGCCGGGGAUGCCGUUCCGCGCGCUCCUGUUCCUGCUGCUCCUCGGCCCCUUUCCAGGAGUGUGGUGCAUUAGCGAACUGUUUUUUAUAAAAGAACCACAGGAUGUAACUGUCACAAGAAAGGACCCAGUCAUUUUAGAUUGCCAGGCUCAUGGAGAAGUUCCUAUUAAGGUCACAUGGUUGAAAAAUGGAGCAAAAGUAUCUGAAAAUAAACGGAUCCAGGUUCUUUCUAACGGCUCUUUAUACAUCAGUGAGGUGGAAGGCAGGAGAGGAGAGCAGUCCGAUGAAGGAUUUUAUCAGUGCUUGGCAAUGAACAAAUAUGGAGCCAUUCUUAGUCAAAAAGCUCAUCUUACCUUAUCAACUAUUUCUGCAUUUGAAGUUCAGCCGAUUUCCACCGAGGUCCCUGAAGGUGGAGUUGCUAGAUUUGCAUGUAAAAUUUCAUCUAAUCCUCCUGCAAUUAUAACAUGGGAAUUUAAUCGGACAACUCUACCUAUAACUAUGGAUAGGAUAACUGCCCUACCAACAGGAGUAUUGCAGAUCUAUGAUGUUGGCCUAAAGGAUGCUGGGAAUUAUCGUUGUGUUGCUGCUGCUGUAGCUCACAGGCGCAAAAGUGUGGAGGCCUCUCUAACUGUGAUUCCAGCAAAGGAGUCUAAAUCCUUCUACACUCCAACCAUUAUAGCAGGUCCACAGAACAUAACAAUGUCUCUUCAUCAGACUGUUGUUUUAGAGUGUAUGGCCACAGGAAAUCCCAAACCAAUCAUUUCUUGGAGCCGUCUUGAUCACAAGUCCAUUGAUGUCUUUAAUACUCGGGUGCUUGGAAAUGGUAAUCUCAUGAUAUCUGAUGUCAAAUUACAACAUGCUGGAGUGUAUGUUUGUCGGGCUACUACCCCUGGCACACGCAACUUUACAGUUGCCAUGGCAACUUUAACUGUAUUAGCACCUCCUUCAUUUGUUGAAUGGCCAGAAAGUUUAACGAGACCUCGAGCUGGCACUGCUCGAUUUGUUUGUCAGGCAGAAGGAAUCCCCUCACCCAAAAUGUCAUGGUUGAAAAAUGGAAGGAAGAUACAUUCAAAUGGUAGAAUUAAAAUGUACAACAGUAAAUUGGUAAUUAAUCAGAUUAUUCCUGAAGAUGAUGCUAUUUAUCAGUGCAUGGCUGAGAAUAGCCAAGGAUCUAUUUUAUCUAGAGCCAGACUGACUGUAGUAAUGUCGGAAGAUAGACCCAGUGCUCCCUAUAAUGUGCAUGCCGAAACCAUGUCAAGUUCAGCCAUCCUUUUAGCUUGGGAGAGGCCACUUUAUAACUCAGACAAGGUCAUUGCUUAUUCCGUGCACUACAUGAAAGCAGAAGGUUUAAAUAAUGAAGAGUAUCAGGUAGUCCUUGGAAAUGAUACAACUCAUUAUAUUAUUGAUGACUUGGAGCCUGCCAGCAAUUAUACUUUCUACAUUGUGGCAUAUAUGCCAAUGGGAGCCAGCCAGAUGUCUGACCAUGUGACCCAGAAUACCCUAGAGGAUGUUCCCCUGAGGCCUCCUGAAAUUAGUUUGACAAGUCGAAGUCCCACUGACAUUCUCGUCUCCUGGCUGCCAAUCCCAGCCAAAUAUCGUCGGGGCCAAGUGGUGCUAUAUCGCUUGUCCUUCCGCCUAAGUACUGAGAAUUCCAUCCAAGUUCUAGAGCUCCCUGGGACCAUGCAUGAGUAUCUUUUGGAAGACCUGAAACCUGAUAGUGUCUAUCUUGUCCGGAUUACUGCUGCCACCCGUGUGGGGCUAGGAGAGUCAUCAGUGUGGACUUCACAUAGAACACCCAAAGCUACAAGUGUGAAAGCCCCUAAGUCUCCAGAGUUACAUUUGGAGCCUCUGAACUGUACCACCAUUUCUGUGAAGUGGCAGCAAGAUUCUGAAGACCCAGCAGCCAUUCAGGGCUACAAGCUGUUCUACAAAGAGGAAGGGCAGCAGGAGAAUGGACCCAUUUUCUUAGAUACCAGUGAUCUUCUGUACACUCUCAGUGGCUUGGACCCCAGAAGAAAAUACCAUGUGAGACUGCUGGCUUACAACAACAUAGAAGAUGGCUACCAGGCUGACCAGACCGUCAGCACACCUGGAUGCGUGUCUGUUCGAGAUCGCAUGGUCCCUCCUCCACCACCACCACACCAUCUCUAUGCGAAGGCUAACACCUCCUCUUCCAUCUUCCUGCACUGGAGGAGGCCAGCGUUCACUACCGCGCAAAUCAUUAACUACACCAUCCGCUGUAACCCUGUUGGCCUACAGAAUGCUUCUUUGGUUCUGUAUCUGCAAACAUCAGAAACUCACAUGUUGGUUCAAGGUCUAGAACCAAACACUAAAUAUGAAUUUGCUGUUCGAUUGCAUGUGGAUCAGCUUUCCAGUCCCUGGAGCCCUGUAGUCUAUCAUUCCACACUUCCAGAAGCACCAGCAGGCCCACCAGUUGGAGUUAAAGUGACAUUAAUAGAAGAUGACACUGCCCUGGUUUCCUGGAAACCCCCUGAUGGCCCGGAGACAGUUGUGACACGCUAUACUAUCUUGUAUGCCUCCAGGAAGGCCUGGAUUGCAGGAGAGUGGCAGGUUCUACACCGAGAAGGGGCAAUAACUAUGGCAUUGCUAGAAAACCUGGUGGCAGGAAAUGUAUACAUUGUCAAGAUAUCAGCAUCCAAUGAGGUGGGAGAAGGACCCUUUUCAAAUUCUGUAGAGCUGGCAGUACUUCCCAAGGAAACUUCUGAAUCAAAUCAGAGGCCCAAGCGUUUGGAUUCUGCUGAUGCCAAAGUUUAUUCAGGCUAUUACCAUCUGGACCAGAAGUCAAUGACAGGCAUUGCCGUGGGUGUUGGCAUAGCCUUGACCUGCAUCCUCAUCUGUGUGCUCAUCUUGAUAUACCGAAGUAAAGCCAGGAAAUCAUCUGCUUCCAAGACAGCACAGAAUGGAACUCAACAGUUGUCUCGUACCAGUGCCUCCUUAGCUAGUGGAAAUGAAGUAGGAAAGAACCUGGAAAGAGCUAUAGAAAAUGAAGACUCCUUAAUGCCAAUGAUUAUGCCAAACAACUUCAUUGAUGCAAAGGGAGGAACUGACCUGAUAAUUAAUAGCUAUGGUCCAAUAAUUAAAAACAACUCUAAGAGAAAAUGGCUUUUUUUCCAAAACUCUAAGAAGAUAAAAGUUGAGCAGCCUCAAAGAAGAUUCACUCAAGCUGUCUGCUUUUACCAGCCAGGCACUACCGUGUUAAUCAGUGAUGAAGAUUCCCCCAGCUCCCCAGGCCAGACAGCCAACUUCCCGAGACCCUUUGGUGUUGCAGCUGACACUGAGCAUUCAGCGAAUAGUGAAGGCAGCCAUGAGACUGGGGAUUCCGGAAGGUUCUCCCAUGAGUCCAAUGAUGAGAUACACCUGUCCUCCGUUAUAAGUACCACACCCCCAACCUCUGAUUGCCUUGCUGGCAGUGAUUCAGGUGGGGGGCCCCCGAUGAGGAAGUGUGAAGACCCCGCAGUGCCACAGGUUGCUGAGCAGACUUCCUCUUCAGCUCCACAGCCACCAUCUGCUGUACUAUGCUUUGAUAAAAAUGAGUUUCCAAUCUAGACAGCCAUGCUCAGGUAUUCUCAUCUAAAAGAAGUCUGUUCGAAGGACAAUGAACAGGGAGCCAAAGCCUUUUAUGAAAAUCUUGAUGUCUUAUUGGGUAUCUCAGCCUGUUUUGAAUGUCUUUUUUUUUUUUAACUCAUGUAUUUUGAAUGUUUUAUCGUCAGCAAUGUGAAAGAGGACAGUCAAGAUAUUUGACUAGAUUAUAAAAUAUAUAUCACUGGAGCAAAGGGAAGACUUUUAAAAGCCCCUUUGCUGAAUAUCUACCUCAGUUUGCCCAGUGGCAAACUCUGAAGACAACUUUGUCACCCCCUUGUUAUAGUUUGUCUCAGCUACAUAGCCAAUGAUACUUCCUAGUAGCAUUUUGUUUUCAUUGCUGUAUGUGUAAUGUAUGUGAUCAAAGGAGUCAUACAGGUAGAUGAGUACGAAUGUUUAUCUGAAGCUCUGAUUUUUUUAAUAAUUAUGACACCUUCAUGUUUUGAGUAAUUUAACACCUCUGUCUGUGAGGACUAAUAAGAAAGAUGUGGGACUAUUUAAUUUAAUGAACAACCAAAGCAAAUGCAUCUCUUUUGAGAAUAGAACUGUUUCAGUAGCAUAUAUGGGUUAAUAUUGUUUAAAAGGCUGUUGUUACGUUUGGGGCAUUAGAGUCUGAGUACUUUAUCAGCUACCUUCCACACCUCAGCCUCCUCUAGCUGUGCCUUUUCUACCUUCCCAUUUGCCUGACAGUUGGCCAAAGGCUGCACUUUCUAGUUUGCAAAGCAUACUCAACUUUUCCAGUAUUAGCUAUAAAAUCCCAUGCAGAAGAGAAUGGGUCUUUUUUUCCCUGCCCUCAAAAAUCUCAGUUUAUCUUAAAGGGAUGAAGAAAUUUCAUAAAAUAUUAAGAAUGAAGAUAAGUUAACAGUGGACAAUAUGAACUUAAGUUAUCAUGGUAACUGUGCCUUCCAGUAUAUAUUGUGAAAUUUUUUGCCUUAUACCUUUUUAAUAUUCAUGAAGUUGUUUAGAACAGAAGUACAAAAAGUUGCCUUAAGAGUUUCUUGUAUUUUAUCAGUUAACUAUUUUGACAUACAGUAUCUUACCAAAGGUUUUUUUUUUUUUUUAAUGUAGUUUUUGUUUAGGGAUAAAUAUUCAGAGCUUGACCCACCCAAUUUGUUGUUUUCUUUAGUUCUUAGGAGAAUUUGGUACUCUCUUAAUCUUCCUUCAUUGUCAGUUCUGUGAACGAAGAAUGCAAGAAUGCUAACUCGUGGAGUGAGUUAAUCCUCUUGCUGGUUUGAAAUCAGCAAAUUGUUUACUUAGCCACAUAGAAUAGGCCUUCUCUCAGCCAGGAGACAGUUAUCUAGAUGUGGAGCAGUGGGAAGGGAUAAAAAUAAACAUGAUAUAGAGAGAGGGGGCCCAUAGCCUUUUAAAAAUACUUUUUUCAAAUUUUCUGGAAAUGACUUCUGAGUCUCAUUUUAAAAGGAAUCUUAAUGGGUUUCCCCUUGAAACCUUUUGUUUAUAAAUGGGGCAGGGUCAUGUUAAAUUGUGGUCUAAAAGCAAAGAAUUUUGCUGAAUAAUAGUCCCAGUGUUGUCAUCCUAAUGACUGAUGAUAAACAUCUUCGGGUUUUUGUUUUUUUUUUUUUAAUCCAUGGUUGUGGCCAAGGUGGAUGUGUUCAGAAGCAGACCAACAUGAAGUGCCAGCAGCCAUUUCUGAACUAAAGUCAAAGUCCCCUUUAGUUAUCUAAUAUGGGCUUCAUGGCAAGACGAGAAAUGCAGAGCUUUAGGUGAACAAUCUGAGGCAAGGAAAGAUGCUGCUCCUGCCUUUAUAGCUCCUGUUUUAUACUACCUCCUUUUAAAGUUAUUCUAGUGUUAUUAUUAUUUUUUUUUCCUGUACUCAGGGAACAUUUCGUUACUUUUGAGCUGCCUCAUGGAAGCAUGGGCAAAUUGACAGGGUAUGGUUGGUGUUUUUUAAGUUCAUAAGUAGAAGUAUGUGGGACCAACUUUAUCAGUAUCUAAAAUCAAGGAAUACAAUGAGAUUGUGUUGCUUUUAAACUAAAAAGGCAAACAGAAUCUAAAGAUGAAAUGUACAUCAUAAUUAUGAAGGUGUAUCUAAGACUAUAUGAAUUUGACUGUUAACUGCUUAAAAAGAUGAUCUGAAGGAAUUGGAGGAACUGCUGCCUUUGAGGAAAGUAUUCUGUUUGUUUGGUUACUGAUAAAUAGGUCCUUAGUUACCAUAGAACUUUAGGGUAUAACUAUUUGCUAAUUAUUUACCAGUGCAUUUUUUACCUUUUCAUUUUGUUCUUAUGCAGACUUUUUCAUAAUAAUCCUAUUACCAAAGAAUUUUCAGUAGAAAGUGAAAUUUUGAUUUAAAUUCCCCCCAAAUUGAAUUAGCUAGAAACAUCUAUAAAUAUGAAGCAUAUACAAGUAGUUACUAACCCAGAACAAUAGGGUUUAUAUGGAUUGUUGUAGUAAAAUAGAUUAGUGAUGUUAACUACCUUAUUGUUACCAGAGCAUUUAAAAUAAGUUAUAA